CUUUUGUACAUGUACAUUUUUGAUUUCUCUCAAAUCCGGUUCUGCUGGAUUAUUCAACAAAAAGAAUGUUUGCGGUUAUUGAAUUUGGAGGUUCGGAAGAGAAUAAAACAGCUGUUGUGAGACGCGAAUGGUUAACACCAGCCAAAAAAGAAGUUUUUUGGCCGCCCUUUAAAAUGUCAAUGCAGUUCAACAAGGCACUAAUAGACGGUGUUGCACCUGAUGAAAGUAAAUGGACCCUGUUUCCCGUGAGGCGAUGCCUUUAUACUAGUGAUGAACUAUUGAAGGCACGAGAGAAGGAAAGAUUGGCCGAAAAAGAAUCUGACUUACAAACAGAAGGUGAUGAUGUAUUGGUAUUAGAUGGAAGAAGAAACGGAAAAUCACAAAAAAGAUAUUUUUUCCAGCAGUGAUUCAUCUGGAGAUGAAUGCUCACAAAAUGUCAAGAAAACUCUUUUCUCGAAAGACCAAUAUUGCUAUCCUGCUCGUGCUCCAUCUCCGCCAAUGAGCCAGUCUCAGAGAGACUCUACCUUUCCACAAUUAUUUGCAACACCAUUGUCCUCAGUAAUAUCGAGUCCUGCAAAUUCCUCUAUUGAGAGAACAACUGUGACUCAGUCUGGAUUGAAUGUGGUUGCAAAUCGCAUUGCGAAAUUGGAAUUGGAAAUUGUCAAAUUGAAAGAAUAUUUGGAAAAUAUUCUUCCUCAAAUAGCUGGACUAAACAAGCAACAACCUUCUACCGAAACAUUGACAACAACCUCAAUUCCUCCUCUCCCCUGUAAUGAGAAGGAGGAAGUAGAGAAUCUCGAAGUGUGGCUGGAAUCUAAGCAAAACCAAAACCUCCUAGUUCAAUAUCUUGGUCGGGUAGGGGGCAAAACAGUAGAUUAUGUUGUCAGAAAAACACUAGCUCAAUUAUUCUCGAACAAACUGGCACAAUCUUAUAAUUGGACGGGAAAAAAUGGCAAGAAUGCUUUGCUUCAGUUGAAAAUUAAAGACAUAAUUUUCCGUGUUGUUCGCAAUAAUAAGCAGACCGAAUCAGGAAGUGAGUUCGACAUAAUUGAAAAAGCCAAAAGUUGGUUUCGAUUUGCCAAAGAUCGUGAUGGAGGACGGGAGGAGAGACGUAAAAGUAAAGCUAAUUGAGUUGAAACAAAGUCUGUGUAAGCAAAUGUAUCUCUAAAAUAUUAGUUUAUUCAGAAGUUUGGCUGAAAACUAUGAAAGCUAUGUUUACAUGUGUGGUAUAAAGCUAUGUUAUACAGAGGGGUGCAAAAGUAGGUAUACAGUAAUUAAAUAUGUUAAAAAAUAAGUAGGUUUAUUUCUACAAAAACUAAACUUUUACAAUCUAUUUUAAGAGCGUUAAGAAAAAGAAAUCAACUCUUAAAAGUGUUGUACUUCACCAAUACACUUACUUCCUUUUGUGUUCAAAUUGUUUGCAUUCACAGUCAACACACUGUAUUUGCACCCCACACUUUUGCACCCCUCUGUAUAUUAUUCCUUGACUUUAAAAAUUCUUCAGCAAUCUCUUCAAACUAAAAUUACUAAAGUUUUAGUUCAUAUUACAUCAACAAUGACUUAUGAAUUGAGUAAGAGGCAACAACAAAGGUGGUGUAGGAAAAGGACGCAUGAAAUU